AUGGACCUGGCAGCCUCGCCGCUGCCCACUGGCCUCAAUGCCAGCAACACCUCCAGUGGUCCUGACAACCUCACCUACGCCGGCCAGCCCUCUCGCACAGGAAGUAUUUCCUACAUCAACAUCAUCAUGCCGUCGGUGUUCGGCACCAUCUGCCUCCUGGGCAUUGUGGGGAACUCCACGGUCAUCUUCGCCGUGGUGAAGAAGUCCAAGCUCCACUGGUGCAGCAACGUGCCUGACAUCUUCAUCAUCAACUUGUCGGUGGUGGACCUCCUCUUCCUCCUGGGCAUGCCCUUCAUGAUUCACCAGCUCAUGGGCAAUGGCGUCUGGCACUUUGGGGAGACUAUGUGCACGCUCAUCACGGCCAUGGACGCCAACAGUCAGUUCACCAGCACUUACAUCCUCACAGCCAUGGCCAUUGACCGCUACCUGGCCACCGUGCACCCCAUCUCCUCCACCAAGUUCCGGAAGCCCUCGGUGGCCAGCCUGGUGAUCUGCCUCCUGUGGGCCCUCUCCUUCAUCAGCAUCACCCCCGUGUGGCUCUAUGCCAGGCUCAUCCCCUUCCCGGGGGGCACGGUGGGCUGCGGCAUCCGCCUGCCCAACCCUGACACUGACCUCUACUGGUUCACCCUGUACCAGUUCUUCCUGGCCUUCGCCGUGCCCUUCGUGGUCAUCACGGCCGCCUACGUGCGGAUCCUCCAGCGCAUGACUUCCUCCGUGGCCCCCGCCUCCCAACGCAGCAUCCGGCUGCGGACAAAGAGGGUGACUCGCACGGCCAUCGCCAUCUGCCUGGUCUUCUUUGUGUGCUGGGCGCCCUACUACGUGCUACAGCUGACCCAGCUAUCCAUCAGCCGCCCGACCCUCACCUUUGUCUACCUGUACAACGCGGCCAUCAGCCUGGGCUAUGCCAACAGCUGCCUCAAUCCCUUUGUGUACAUCGUGCUGUGUGAGACCUUCCGCAAGCGCCUGGUCCUGUCGGUGAAGCCCGCGGCCCAGGGCCAGCUGCGCGCCACUAGCAAUGCUCAGACGGUGGAUGAGGAGAGGACAGAGAGCAAGGGCACCUGACACCUCCCCUCUCCCCCUGGGCACCUCCACAUGAUGACAAACCAUGCAGAGAGAUGCUGAGCAGAAAACCCAAGA